AUGCCGAAGAGGCUGGCUCCGCUGCUGCCAGCAGAAGUCGGUAGUGAUCGAUUUCCUCUCGACUCUCGCCGCGAAGAUCCUUCAAAGAGAAAACGGGUUGGCACAGAUGUUGCUUGUAAUCCAUGUCGGCGUAGAAAAACACGCUGUGAUGGAAUACGCCCAAUUUGCGCAGCGUGCCGAAAACGAUCAACCGAGUGUACAUUUGUCGAAAAGAGGGAGUCUCCCAGACUCGGCCAGUCAUCCGGAGGUUCUCAUGAAGUUCUUGAGCUAUUGAGAUCCGCUCCAGAGCCACAGGCCUUUGAGAUCUUGCGCCUCCUACGGACAAAUGGCGACCCUGACUCUGUUCUGAAUAUUAUCAAGAAGGGCCAAAAUGGAAUCAAACGGAUUCCCAAUAAUGAUGCAGCCUGCGCUAUUCGCUCGAUGCAGCCGCCUUUGGAAUUUGAGUUAAUGGCCAGAAAUCCUAUCGCGCAUCCUACUCUUCGCCAUGCUCUCCUAACAACUUUGGAACACGACGAGCUUCUCGGGCCAAGGAAAUUGCGUCGAUCGAAUGUUCUUCUUCAAGCCAACGAUGGGCUUCGCGUAGACGUUCCCUCGGAAGAGAUUUUCGAUGAAAGCAGGCAAUCGGAUCCUUUACUCUGCGACGAGUGCCUCGAAGACCUGAGAAUCAACUGCUGGACUGACACCUCGAUGUUCCAUGACUAUGCUGCAAGGGCCAUUCGGCUCUAUCCUACCACCUAUAAUCCCUUUUUAAGCGUAUUUAAUCCUCAUCCUUUUAUUUCUGGUCUCGUUGGUCGAUGCCACGCACAUCCCUCUCUGCUUCUCGUCAAUACGUCAAUGUGUUGGGCCUAUCAAAUGCAUACUGCUAUCAACAAGAGAGUAGUUCAGUUUACCGAAACAUUCUACCAAGAAGCAGAAAAGCUUUGGCUCCUAGAGUGGGAUAAUGUCACUAAUGGACACAAGCAUGUUUUAUUCGGCGUCGCGCCAUCUCAGGCCACGAACAAACACAACGAGCAAAUCCAUACACUGCCUGGGGCAUUUUAA